CUGUCUUAUCAUGUCUAUAAAAAGGACUCUCAGGUGGACCACAGCAGCAUUUGACCAACUACUGGGAAUAGGUGGCUCAGUUGAUGAAACAUGGCUCAACUUACAAUCUUGGCUGGACUGGCUCUUAUGCUAUGUCUUCAGACAGUAUCUUCUACCAAACUAGUGUGCUACUUUACCAACUGGUCCCAGUAUAGACCCGGCACUGGCAGAUUUCUGCCUUCCAAUGUGGAUCCCAACCUCUGCACACACUUGAUCUACGCCUUUGCAGUAAUCAGCCCUUACAGCGAGCUCACAACCUAUGAGUGGAACGACGAUGUUCUCUAUAAAUCCUUCAAUGAACUCAAGUAUAGAAACCCCCAGCUGAAGACUCUGUUGGCUGUUGGCGGCUGGAACUUUGGAACUACACAAUUCACCACCAUGGUGGCUAACCCUGCCAACCGUCAGAGAUUCAUCCAGUCUACCAUCAGAUUCCUUAGAGUGCAUGGCUUCGAUGGGCUUGACCUAGACUGGGAGUAUCCUGGUGCCAGAGGAAGCCCGCCAGAGGACAAGCAGAGGUACACAGUGCUCGUCCAGGAAUUACUUGCUGCCUAUAAAAAAGAAGCCUCUGACAACAGAAGACCACGACUGCUGAUCACCGCUGCAGUGGCUGCUGGGAAGGGAAACAUUGACAGUGGAUAUGAGAUUGCUGAAGUCUCAAAAUACUUGGACUUCAUAAACGUCAUGACCUACGAUUUCCACGGAGCAUGGGACCAGUUGACCGGGCACAACAGCCCUCUGUACCGCAGCUCUGUUGAUCAAGGCGAAAACAUCUACUAUAAUGUGGACUUUGCUAUUAAAUACUGGAGAGACAGAGGAGCUCCACUUGAGAAGCUCAUACUGGGUUUCCCCACAUAUGGACGCACAUUUCGCCUGUCAUCAGGAGCUACCAGUGUUGGAGCACCAGUCAGUGGACCGGCCACAGCUGGACCCUACACCCGUGAAGCUGGGUUCUGGUCCUACUACGAGAUUUGCACUUUCCUCCAUGGAGCCAGUCUCAGCUGGAAUGAUGAGCAAAUGGUUCCCUAUGCCACUAAUGGAAAUGAGUGGGUUGGGUUUGAUAACUGGCAGAGCUAUGAAAUUAAGACACAAUAUCUGAAGGAAAAUAAAUUUGGAGGAGCCUUCAUCUGGUCCCUGGACCUGGAUGAUUUUGCUGGACAGUUCUGUGGACAGGGAAGCUAUCCCCUCAUUAGACGUCUACGCACUCUUCUAGAAUCAGAACAUCCACCAGUGAACAGCACUAACACUCCUAACACCACUACCCGGCCCAGCCCGUCCAACAACACCACUGCUGCAACUAAGCCUACAACUACCCAGCCCAGCACAUCCACCUCCACCCCUGCUUCAACUAAACCUACAUCUACCACUGCCAAGCCUGCCACCACAACUGUUGGCUCUGCAGAAUCUUUCUGUGUUGGAAAGCGUGAUGGCAUCUACAAAAAUGACAAAAAUCCCAACACCUUUAUUCAGUGUGUCGGCGGACACACAUACAUCCAGAGAUGUCCAGUUAAUCUUAUUUUCAAUGAGCAUUGCCAGUGCUGCGUCUAUCCUUAUUAAAUAUCUCUUCAGGGAGCAAAAUGUGGUUUGAUUUUUAAAAUGUUUUGCUGAAUUUAAAUCAUUGAAUUUGUAUACAUCAACCUUAUUCACAUGUGUAUACAUUCAUAUGAAUAAAAAGUCAAAAUUAA